AUGACUUAUUCUAUCAAGCUCCAUCACGACGGGCGUGAGUUCUCCGCUAUCAGCUCCCACAAACAUCAGCAAGUGUUCGCAAGACGUCAAAGUCGUCCUUGGCUGAAAGUGAUCAUCUUGAUUCAUGGCUUCCCCGAUAAUAAUACCUCCUAUAACGGUGUUUGGCCAAUUCUUGCCGAGACAUUUCCUCUGGCGCUUUUGUUGGCACCAGCUUUGCGUGGGUACGAGCCUUCAAGUGUAGGAAAAGACACGGAUUAUCGAACCUCGGAUCUUGCCAAGGACGUCAAGGCCUGGAUUGAACAACUAGGAGACUUACAAGGAGUUCCUGUACACCUUGUGGGCCACGAUUGGGGUGCAAUUGCCGCAUACAAAACCGCCACCAUGUUUCCUGAGCUCUUGACAUCGAUGGUGACUUUGGCUAUUCCUCUCAUGUCCAACAUCAAACCAUGGGAACUCGCUGUAAAAUGUCCCCAGCAGCUCUACUUGUCGAGUUACUUUUUCACCAUGCAAUACCGGUUUCUUUACGGACCCAAGUUCCACGGCGACUAUCUCGACCAACUCUGGCGUUACUGGUCGCCCACUUGGAAAUUCACCGAGGAUGAUAUAGGACCUGUUCAUGAAACUUUGGCUCAACCUGAAGUUCUCGAUGCUGCUACUGCCUACUAUCGGUGCUUGUUCCGUGUGCUCAAUAUCCAGGACAGAAAAUGGUUGGUGGAUUUCGAAAAAGUUCCCACUUUGAUUCUCGGUGGAGAAGUUGACGGGUGCAUGUCGAGCCAGUUACUAGAUAUUCAAAGAAACAAGUUGGCGGGAAAUCCCAAUGUCAAGGUUCAGACCAUGGCAGGUUUGGGCCAUUUUCUUCAUCGUGAAGAUCCCCAUAAGGUGGGCGAGGCAAUUGUCGAUUGGUUGAAAAACCACACCUGA